AUGGAAGAUCAUAUGAAGUAAGAACUCAAGGGACUCAAUCCUUAAUCGAAAAAGGAAUAUAUGAUGUUAAAAACCAUAUUACCGUAAACUUAAUAAAAACAUGUAAGAAUAGGCGAGAAUGGAUAAACACUAUCUCCUCUCACAACUGCAGCAAGAAUUGAAAACACUGUAGAUUUUGAAAGCGUAAGAAAAGCUCAUUUCAACAUCACAAGAAAGAAAAAGCUUUAAAAUUUUGGUUUAACUUGGGUAGAGAAAACAAUUAAGAAAUUUUAGCAUGACACAGCUGAUGGAUGGCUCUUAAGAUUAUCAUUCUAGCGCAAGAAUAUCAAAUCUCAAAGUUCAAAUAACUUUAUUAAAGAUGAUGAAAUACUUGAUUUCACAGAAAAGGCAAAUACACCUCAGCAUAUAGAAAGUAGACUGAGAAAAAGAUCAUUUCAUAAGAAAAUCGUCCAAUUAAAACAAAGAGAAGAUAAAGCAUUAGAAAUGAUUCUUCAUUAAAAAAAGAUAAUGAAUAUCACUUAGAAAUGUGAUAGAGAAAAUAAAGAUAUUCAGAGGCUAUUGACAAACAAAAUAAAGAAGUAUGAAGAAGAGUAGUUAACUGAAUAAAUCUAAUCCUUUUGGAAUAAAUAUAGAACAAUGGAUGUCUAGAGUGCACUUAAUAAAUUUAAUGUUUGA